CUCUCUCUUUCUCCCUCCCGCUCUUCUCGAAGGAUUUCAUGGCGUUAAUUUUAGUUUCGGCGGAGACGAUGCCGCGGCUGGUAGCGCGAGAGUGCACUUCACCGAGAUAACGUUCGAUUGUGUAUAAACCUGCCGAUAUCAGUCCUGGAUACACUCUGCACGGUGCACGAUAUCUGACGACAUCGUUUUACCGAUUGUCUAUUACAAACAGUGACCUCGCGAGAGAAACUAAAUGAUGGAAAUGUGAUUUUUAUUGGAAAGAAAAACUGCAUCUUGACGUUUUUCGAUACAUCUGCACCAGACAUGAGACCGUAACGUGUUGCGUACUGAACUCAACUGGAAAGCCAACGCAAUAAUUUAGUGAAAUAAAAACGUGCAGCGUGAAAAAAAUUCAUCAUGGAGAACGUCUGGAGCGACAGUAUCACUGGAGAGCGAAAGGAUCUCGCUCCAAUAAUGGAAGAAGAGGACAGGGGACAGGCGAAAGGUUCGCAGUCGGACUCGUCGGACGCGGCGUCGACUAUAAAGCGCUGGAACAGCCGAUGGACGCCCUCAGAGGGCUACGACUCGUCGGGCACGUCGACCAACUCCGACGUGGGUGACGAGUACGUCGAGGAUUAUCGGCGGGACAGCAGGACGAACCUGUCCGAGCCGGCGGUCGCGUGCCAGGCAGCCUACCGAUCGCAGGAGUGCUUAUGUCAGGCUUGCUUACUCGGCUAUGCUAAGAUGAUAGCGCUUCAAGGGAGUAUGCCUAAUAUCUGUGCAGUAUCCGGCGGCAUGGCUAAUAUCUGCCCGGCGUCGACCGCGCAUCUGGGAAGUUUUCCGUCUCUCUGCGCCUGUUCAAGCGUUUCUAGCGAGCUCGCGCAUCACGCCGGAUUCAAGGAACACGCGAGAAGCGUCGCACAUUAUCCGCACGUCUGUCACCUGCAGCAAGAUCCGAUGUUCGCGAAGGAGCGAGAAGUGCACGCAGGUAGCAGGACGAACAGUACGGCGUCUCUACCGGUCAGCUCAGCCGGGAGAUGCGGCGGUUCUUUGGACAGAAGGCGACGCAGAUUCCGCAGCAGAGUGGACCGCGAUCAGAGAGCUAUGUCUCACAGCGAUCUGAUCUGCCACGAGAAUAGCAGACCGCAGCACUACUGCUCGCUACAGCAAUUUCAUUGCGGAAGCAAUGUGUGCAUAAAUAAUUAUCAUAGCAAGACCGAGGAACGAUUGAGGAAGUUGGAAAGUGAACGUGGAGCAUUGCAUAUGGAGGUAUCAGUUUUGUCCGAGCAAGUCGACGCACAAUCGAAUAAGAUCCAAGAGCUGGAGAGCUUACUUCAGGAAAAGAAAGAUACUCUGAGGCAGAUGGAAGAAGCGUUACAGAAGGAAGUUUUAUCAAGAAGCGCUUUGGAGACGCAGAAAUUGGAGCUCCUUACCUCCUUAUCCGAAAUGAAGCUCAGACAAGCCAGUUUGGAGCACGAAAAUCUGUCGCUGCGCAGUACAAGUCCUUUAUCGAAUGGUGAGAGAUUCAGCAGGCAUACGGGUCAAUAUAGUAGUCUUCCUAGGCCACCGACGUCCAAGAAAGGCGUUGUAUUUGGUAAGGUUCCAAAUUUAGUCUCGGGAGUGCACACGACGGUACCCUUGGCUGUUAGGGGAGUCUCUGCGAGAUGUCUGUCCGCUCCUAUUCUAGCGGAAGAAGCGAAAAUCGUAAUUGGUGAAGCGAGCGUGCAAGUGGAAGUGCCACCGAAACCGCUCGCGGAGCUCAGCAUGGAGGAGAUUGGCGAUUGGUUGUCUCACCUUGGUCUGGAAUGCUACGCCGGCGAGCUGAGACGAUGGGGCGCCACCGGAUUGAAAUUGCUCGAUGCCACGCAGGUUCAGCUGGAGAAAGAGCUAGACAUAAAGAACGCUCUGCACAGGAAAAAGUUGCUUUAUGCCGUCGAAUCGGAGCGAAGCAACGGCGCUGGAUUUCUCGGUUCUCAACAGAUGGAUAACGCGGCCGUGUUACGGUGGCUGGACGACGUCGGACUGCCGCAGCACAAGGAAGCCUUCCACCACGCCAAGAUCGAUGGUAGAGUUUUACACAGGUUGACCACGGAGGAUCUGUUAAAUCUCGGAGUGACUGCGCAGCUGCACGCCGCCAGUUUAAGACGUGGCAUUCAGGUAUUACGGGACUUGAACUUCGAGUUCGACUGUUUGGAGAGAAGAUCAGUGAAUGGGAACGGUGCCGACGGUACGAACGUGACCCUCUGGACGAACCACCGUGUGAUGGAGUGGCUGCGGGUCGUAGAUCUCGCGGAGUACGCGCCGAACAUGCGCGGCUCCGGCGUUCACGGCGGUCUGAUGAUACACGAGGGUCGAUUCACUUCCGAGCUGCUCGCCACGUUACUCAGCAUUCCACCGGCGAAAACUCUGCUUCGCAGACACCUGACGACCCACUUCAACCAGAUUCUCGGCAGGGAUGUGGUUCAACAAAAGCGAGAGAUAGAGAGCACGCUCGGAUUCGUUCCACUGACGCUUACCGCUAGAUUAAAGGUACCAAAGAAAUCUCAGUUCACCCUGAAACGCAAGAAGAGUAAAAACGAGAUGGAUUUCGGCAAUUUGGUUUGCCCAUUGGAGGCAUCGCCACCAGGUACCCCAUCAACGCCCUCGUCAACACCGGGCAGCCCUAACUUGAACUCACCCACAUUCUAACCACAAUUAAAGCUUCAUUCGGGUAAUCAUCUAAACUAACUUAUUUGGAGGAUACUGGCCAAAGGAGAGUUAUAGGUUGCAUAUGAAGUGGACGAAUUGCGAGAGGAUAAUAUAUUUCAAUAUUAAAACAUAUAUAUUUGGAUAUAUAUUUAUACGAACAAUUUCUGAGACAACGCGCGAAGACACCAGAAUCACCUGGGACCAGGUUAUCAGUAAAGUAGAAUAACCAUAUCGAAAUGUGCAUUUUGAUAUAAAGUUACAUAAACGAGAGCUAACUCCGACACCGCCAAAGUUUUAUUAACGCCGUUAAAUAUAAAUAAUUUGAUAAAAAUUAACCGCUUUAUAGAGAAAAUAUUUUUACUACGAAUUAUUAAAUUAUGUAU